UCGCGACUAUCUCCACUGAUCCUCUAGUUGCUCUUCCAUCUCAUACGUGCAUUCGUCUCUUCCUGAGUUCCUGCUCCGAUCCUUGUGUGCUCUUUGAAGCGUCGAUCGAACAUGGCCUCCUCUGCUUCGGUUCUGGCCGCGAUGCUCGUCGCCGUCGGCUGCGCCGCGGCAGCCUCGGCGACGGAGAUGGACUUCUACGUCGGCGAUGCGCAGGGGUGGACGACCGGCGUCGACUACACUGCAUGGGCAAAGGGCAAACCGUUCGAGGCUAACGACAGACUCGUAUUCAGAUACUCCGGGGAGCAGCACACGGUGACGGAGGUGACCAAGAGCGACUACGACGCCUGCGCCGUGAGCGGCACCCCCAUCAUCACCGCUGAAUGGCGUCAAACGGCUGUGACGUUCAUAACCCUCAGGCCAGGCACGCACUACUACUUCUGCAAGGUCGGCAACCACUGUGUCAGCGGCAUGAAGCUCGCCGUCACCGUCUCCAACUCCAGCGACACCCCCAGGGCGCAGCCCUGGUCCCCGCCUCGCGCCGCGCCGACUGGCGCGUCCACACGCCUGCACGCCGGCAGCGGCGCCGUCGUCGCGGCCGCCGCGGUUGGGGUCCUCGUCAAGCUCGCGCUCUGGUGAUCGGACCGACAUGUCGAGCGGCCUUAGAUGCACGAUCGAGGCAGUGCAUAGUUCUUGUAACGUUUCUGAUCUGAUUGUUUGAAUUGUUUUGUUCGAUCGUAUGAGUGAUAACAAUUAAGUGGUCUUUGUAAUUUUUUUCUCUACAUUGAUUUGUAUACCCUCUGGAUAUUACUAUCUGUACACUUAGGAGAAAUUUCUUGCAAAAUUCUACUACAU